UUAAUUUUUCUAUUCAAUACAUUACACUUUGAUUGGUUACAAAUAAAGCAGGUUUCUUGUUUGGUGAAGCUACGCUGCAUAAAAGACACCUCUAGUUCCCAAGUUUUUUGGGUACCUGUACUGUUACACUAUACUAUACUCUACACCUUCAACUAAACCUUCUCUACUUUUCUCCACCAUUUUCAACUUUGGAACUUAUAGUACACACCACCAACCAUCUGAUUUAGACUUUUAGCUUCUUCAAGCUAGGAAGAUUUCCCUAUGGGGAACAAGUAUUUGUUGCUGUCUCUCUGCUUGUGGGCUUUAACAUGUUCCCUUCUUCCUUCGUUCUCAUAUGGACUCAUGAGAAUCGGUUUGAAGAAGAGAACUCUAGAUCUUGAAGCCAUCAAAGCUGCUAGAAUGGUAAGAGAAAAGCUAAGAUCGAGCAGGCCGAUGAUGGGUGCGAACGAUCAUUCUAUUAAUAAGCCGGGCAUCGAAGACGAUAUAGUACCUUUGAAGAAUUAUUUGGAUGCACAGUAUUAUGGAGAGAUUGGAAUUGGAACACCACCGCAAACAUUCAAUGUCAUCUUUGAUACUGGCAGUUCUAACCUCUGGAUUCCUUCAUCAAAGUGCUACUUUUCUCUUGCCUGCUAUACGCAUCAUUGGUACAAGUCAUCGAAAUCCAAAACAUAUGUAAAGAAUGGAACAUCAUGUAAAAUAGUGUAUGGUUCUGGAUCAAUAUCUGGCUUUUUCAGUCGUGAUAGCGUUACAGUUGGUGAUGUCGUUGUCAAGAAUCAAGAUUUCAUCGAGGCUACGAGGGAAGGAAGUCUGUCCUUUGUGUUAGCGAAGUUCGAUGGAAUACUUGGUCUUGGAUUUCAGGAGAUCUCAGUUGAAAAUGCCUUGCCAGUAUGGGAUAAUAUGGUGCUACAAAAUCUUGUGAAUGAGCCGGUUUUCUCUUUCUGGCUCAAUGGGGAUCCGAACGCGAAAAGUGGUGGUGAGCUAGUGUUUGGAGGUGUUGAUCCGAAGCACUUUGUAGGAAACCAUACCUAUGUUCCAGUUACCACAAAAGGUUACUGGCAGAUUGAAAUGGGAGAUUUUUACAUUGGUGGUGUGUCAACAGGUGUUUGUGAGGGUGGCUGUGCUGCUAUUGUGGAUUCCGGAACGUCUUUGCUUGCUGGUCCAACUACUGUUGUGACUGAAAUCAAUCAUGCUAUUGGAGCUGAAGGAGUUCUGAGUGUAGAAUGCAAGGAAGUUAUUUCUCAAUAUGGAGAGUUGAUAUGGGAUCUCUUGGUCUCCGGGGUACGAGCUGAUGACGUGUGUUCGCAAGUUGGUUUAUGUACAAUGAGGGAUCAAUCUAAAAGUGCUGGGAUUGAGAUGGUGACUGAAAAGGAACAGAAAGAUUUGUCAGCUAAAGAUACUGCUUUGUGCACUUCCUGUCAGAUGCUUGUGAUUUGGAUCCAGAAUCAAUUGCGACAAGAGUCGACCAAGGAAAGAGUUUUCAACUAUGUAAAUCAGUUGUGUGAGAGCUUGCCGAGUCCGAAUGGCGAGUCGGUAGUAGACUGUCAGAGCAUUCAUAUAUUGCCAAACAUCACUUUUACAAUCGGAGAUAAACAUUUCACCCUCUCGCCGGAUCAGUAUAUUCUGAAAACUGGAGAAGGCAUUGCUGAAGUUUGUCUUAGUGGGUUUAUCGCAUUCGACAUACCCCCGCCACGCGGUCCUCUCUGGAUUCUGGGCGAUAUCUUCAUGAGGGUAUAUCACACGGUCUUCGACUCUGGGAAUCUCCGAGUUGGUUUCGCCAAAGCUGCGUAACGAGACUCGGGAGAAUAUGUAAGGAACAUUUUCAAUGGGCACGUUGGUGUGCUGUAAAUAAAGGAUGUUGUAAGAGUAUUAGGACGUAGCUUCACUAUCUUAUGGGUUCAUGAAUGAUCCUCUAGUACCACGUUGAACUAUUGCAUGUUUUUUACAUGAAGAGACUAUUUUUCAUUUCACACUGUUAGACUCUCUUAGAUUAAUGUGGAUGCCUGUAUGGCUGUAUACCUUAUGAAGAUGUAGAUGGCAAAGUGUGGCUUAAAAUUUGAAACUUCUGUUAUAUCUAAUUUAUCUUUCCAAUGAAUGAGGUUCAGUAGAGUUGACCUUUUGUUUU